AUGACUGCUUCUGAAACGACAGCCCAAGCGGCUGCCGCAUCGGUCGAUGAUGCAGUCUCGCCCGGGGUGACCUCGUCCGAGGCCGACAACCUUGCCCCUGCCGCUUCUCAGCCAGCAGGGCGUGGGAAGAAUCGGUUCAGUCUCGAUGCCUUGCGUCUUCCAUUCCUGGCAUCGCCUCGCAAGGUCAGCACUGCAAGUGUGGCCGCUGUCGACGAGACAGCUAUAUCGGAAGCUCCCGAAUCGGAUGUUGCGAGCAGCAGUGACAACUCAGCUCCCAAAGAGACCAGAACGCCUACACCGCCUCAGUCACACGAGUUUGUGCCGAACGUGACCACACAACAGCUGGCACCUCCCACCGAGGUUCUCCCGAAACGCUCUGCGCUGACAAGCUCCGUCGAUGCAUCCGCACGUCGCGCAUCUCGAACCACAUCACCGCAUCGGGUGAGCUUCAGCCCAUCCACCGAGGAAACGGCGCUGGCCCGCGAAGAAGCGCUGGCCUUUGCCGCACUUGCCUCCGAGUCGUCGGGCAAGCCGAGCCCACCGCACGACGAAUCUCAUCCACUGCGUGCAGCCCAGUCGAAAAAGAAGAAGAGCAAUCCGGUCAAAUGGCGAGGAUUCAAGUCAAGGUCGACGUCUGACCUCCACGAUCCCACGCACCGUCCCAGCUUGGACUCGGUUCGCACUGGCACUUCCGAUGCCACUUCGUCAUCAUCACACGAGGCCUUUGAGGACCGCGCCGCUUUGCCCGGUGCUGCUGCGGCCAAGCGCCGUCUCUUCCGCUGGGACCGCAAGGGCAUCCAUCGUGUCGCCGCCGACGGUUCUCGCGACAAGGGAAAGGUGGCAAAAGUCAAGGUGACCAAGCACCAAGCACUAGCUGCACGCCAUGCAAAGACACUCGAGCAGGUCAUCAACGCAGGCAUGGGCCUCCAUCCCGUGCCUGCCCGCGUCAGCUCGGCACGGCACGCCACCGAGGUCAACUCUGCCGACGCAAAUGCAAAAGGAGGCAAGAAGAAGCAUGUCCCGCGCGCCAAACCCAUCCCCGUCGUCGAUCGGUCACAGCUCCGCGGGCUCAAAUCGGCACUGCUCGAUGUCGACCUGGCCAACAACAUUAUCAGCGAGCUGCGCUCCAUGCCAGUGCCACUUGAUGCCCUGCGCAGCGGCUUGGGCAGGAUGAUGCCCGAGACCGAGAUUGGCACCGCCGGCGAGCACGGUCAGGAGCGCAUUCUCGCCACCAACUUGCCUGACACGGCGCUUGAAGGUCCCAAGAGCAAGGACGACAGCGAGAUCCGCAAGCGUGCGGAAGCGGUGGCAGGUGAGCUAGCAGCUGCGCCCGCUACAAAGAGCGCUGCCGAACGACCACCGAUGGAGCGCAAGGCCAGAUCGGCGGCAGAAGAGGCUCUGCGGAAGAUCACUCUCCAGGCUGAUGCUGCGACGACGCCUCGCAGUGCUGUGCCCACAGCUCGAACCUCGUCACUGCCACCACCUGCAGAGGAGAGCAUUAGCGCAGCGAAGCCAAUCUCGCAGGCGUCCGCGUCAGGGGCUGCCGCAGCGACACCUCCAGCAGCCAAGCAAGCCUCGGCCAAACCGGGAGCGCGACCUCUCAAGAUGGUUUGUCUCGACUGUGGCGAGCACGAGGCCCACCGCCGGCACGCCGACCAUCUCGAGGCAGCCAAGGUCGUUACCAGCGAAGGCCCGAGCGAUGCACAGACUGGAGCAGGGCUCAGCGUGACUGCUGUGGCUUCCGGAGCUGCAGCAGCUCUCAUGGGUGUCGGAGGCCUGCUGAGCGCACGAUCCCAGCCAUCAGAGCCAGAAAAGGCGACGUCCAGUGAGGCAUCGUCGAGCGCAAGGCCGCCUUUGAUCAAAAGCAUGUCCGUUUCCAACCUGCCUACGCUCGAGGAUGGCCAGCGCCUCAUGGGCUCGGCGCCCUUACAGCUCAUCCUCGACCCCGUCGGAGCGGUAGCUCAGAACUCGGGCGCGUUUGACGUGCUUGCUAACGUUUCCGGCGCCGCGAUCCGCGCCACCCAAGACAUGGACGCGAUCCACCCGCCGCUGGACCGCAUGGCCAUCUUUGUGCACUGGUGGGGCUUUGAAAUCACGCUUCCCAAGGCUUCGAUGGCGUACCUUGGCACGGCGCACUCGGUGUCCGGGGCGUUCCUGUCGUUUCUGCAGACCAUGGCGGUCGGUGGCGGCGUGCCCGAGCUGCUGCCGUUCAUCAAGUACAUCUCCACAUUUAUGGAGGUCGAGUACAAGGCGAUCCAGGCGCAGGACCAGGGCCACGGCGUUUGCAUCGCCGGCACGUGGUUCAUGCCGCUCGCGCUUGUCCCACGCCCGUGGGACUACCCGCUGGACGGACCGGCACCUGUGGCCCCCACCCCCGCGCCCGGAGCAGCGCCACCUCCGUUCCUCACGCGAGAAGCGGCUGCACAGCCCGAGCCAGCGCCGAAGCGGCACGCAUUCAAGAAGAAGCCGUCGCUCGAAGCCGCCAAGACGGCAAGCGUACAAGUCGCCGUGCUCGGCAACGGUGCCCCUCCACAACACCCCGUGCCGCCCACACGCAACCUCAGCCCUUCGCAGCUCGCGGCGAUCCACGCGGCACGCACCGAGAAGAUGGCGCACGACCUCAGCCCGCACCACUCGCGCUCGUCGAGCAUCGCGUCGGCCAAGAGCGCCAAGCUGCUCGCGGACCUCGGCAGCGCCAACUCUGCCCCCGCCGAGGCGGCGCUGGCGAGCGUGCAGGAGAUGCCUGAAGUCGGCUCGCUCAGGAUCACGGCCUAG